AUGGCUAUAAAUAAGAGUGACCGUAGGAAGAUCGAUCCGUUUGACUCUUCCAGCAGGGGUCGUAGAACCGUUUUUAGAAGCAUCGUUGACAUUCAUAGAAGUGGGGAAGUCGACUCUGCACCCGAAGAAGCAAUUCGAGGGGCAACGAAAAUUGGCAUCGUCAUGAUGCCAAACUAUGAGAGGCUAACUUUGCUGCACAGCUUUGAUGCCACAUCCCCGGGUGUUCCCCAUCCACCAUGUCAAAUUGACAAGUGGCCUUUAGAUUAA